GGUUGAGGAUUCUCCUAUGGCGAUAUUGAAAAGAAGUGUUGUGGGGAGAUCUCUUUAGCUGCUAUUGUUGUGAGAAUUUUUUUCAUCCCGUCAGACUUUCUUUUGUGUUUGGGUGCUGAAAUGUCUGAAGGCUAUAUAAAGUUAUUUGUGCAGUUUCUUCGAUUACAUGUUGUUUAUGUCUAAAUCAACACAUUUUCUUAACAGAGGAUUGCCGUGUUCUUAUCAAUACAUGGAUUACAGGCAUAGAUGAACUAAGUAGCAAAUUAUAGUGACACUUUAUGGAGGGUAAUGAUGUGUUAUCAUUCGCAAAAUCGCUUCCUAAUUCCGAGACGAUAUCAUCGAUCAUAACAUUCUACGUAGCGAUGAAAUUAUUUGCGCAUCACCUUUCAGAACUCCCUUUUCCAUCCGUGCUCUACGUGUCGAAACCCUUACGCGUCCCCACCCCCUUCACCCGAACGCGCCCCUCCCCCACCCUCCCUAUUCUCCCGCUUGACAACAGCGGGGAGAAUCGGACCCUGUGCCAUGAAACGUGCCCACCGCAUGGCUGUGGGAAAGUUCGGGAGAGAGAGCACCCACACAUUGUCAUGGUAAUGUUGGUGGGUGGAGGUGUUGGGGGCGCGAGGCUGUGGUGCGUAAAAUGCAUAUAUACAUGUAUGUACCCCUUCUCCAGUGCUCCUUUCUCCCUCUCUGUUGAACUAUUCGUUCACAAAAUACUAAAACAGUGUAAACUGAGUUUUGUGGGGGACUAUAGCUGCAGAAGAGAGGGGCCCACAAGGACACGGACUGUGGAGCUCUCAGUUCGUCGGGUGGUUUGGUGCGUGCGCCUUGCAGCUCGAGGAUGACGGCCUUCAACGUGGGACACCGGGGAAAUGGGCGCGAGAGGAAUUUUAGCGCUAAAGAAGAACGAAAGUUGCGGAAGCCUCUAAUUGAGAAAAAGAGACGGGAGCGCAUCAACUGCAGUCUGGAACAACUGAAAGGAAUCAUGGUGGAUGCAUACAACCUGGAUCAAUCUAAACUGGAGAAGGCUGAUGUACUGGAGGUUACUGUGCAACAUAUGGAGGGUCUGCAGAAAGGUCACGGUUCAGGUUCCCCUUCUGGUCCCAGUAUAGGGUUUGAGUCCCGGCAGCGCUACAGCAGUGGAUACAUUCAAUGUAUGCAUGAGGUCCACAACCUGCUCAAGAGCUGCCCAGGCAUGGACAAGCCACUGGGGGCCCGGCUCCUCAACCACCUGCUCAAGUCUUUGCCCCACAUCAGCUCUGAGACUGGGGCUGGGAACACUGGUGGCAAUGGUAUCAAUGGGACUCCGACUAGGGCUAUUGGUAUGAGUAAUAGUAAUAGUGGUUGCGUUGGUGGUGGUAGUAGUAAUGGUGGUAGUCCCAUGUCUGGAUCUGGGCCUGUCUCCCCUCCCCAGUCUCCACUUUCUCUGUCAUCUGGAGGUGGAGCACAGUCACUCCAGCCUUGCUGUUUACAGAUGCAUCAUGCCACGCCCCCCUUGCAGCCAUCACCCCCACCAAUAGGAAGCGCACCACUCCACGCCCUUUGCAGCCAGGUACAUUCUGGUAGAGAUGGGAGGGAUCAGCAGAAGUCCGUCUCCUCCUCCCCUCCUUGCUCCCCCAAUCUGCCCCAGCCUGGGGUGUUUCACCCCGACCCCCUGUCCCCUUUCUCACCCCCCAGGGGAGACCCCUCCAUGUGGAGGCCUUGGUGAAGACCUCAGGGAACAGACAAACACACACACACCUUCCAUCAAGUUAUAGGUACCCUGAUUUUUUUCCUGACCCCGUGACCUGACAAGGAAAAUGCCCAGGCAGUAGGCCGACUAGGGCCUGGAGUUUUCCCAGUCAGGUCAUAAACGCUGUGGCAAGGAAAAACUCAGGGCCCUUUUAUGUUUUAUGAAUCCCAUCUCAUGGGAUCGCUCAAUUCUGUUUUUCCUGGAUCUAGUUGAGGAUUCAGAAAAUGCAGAUCCAGGUGUAUCUGCAGUUUCACUUAUGUAAAGUUAAAACCAAUGUUUUGUGGUGCAACUGGGCCAGCCCCCUAGGAACAUGGCUCUGGUGCUCUGCUAUAGUAAAACAAUGCCAGCAGUUCUAUAGCCACACGGCAACAUGAUAGGGUCUAAUUUUCACUUUUAAAUGUUUGGUCAUUUAUACAUUUUAGACACACAUAUUUGUUUGAGAUUGGGGAAGAGUAAGCAUUAUAGCUACAUCAAGUUUGUACAGUUUUCUUGUUUUUUUUGUCUUCCUAUGUUGUAAACUUCUCUUUUCAAAUAGUUCAUAUUUUGUGUUUUAGAAGUGAAUCACAAUGUUUUUGUAGAAUAUUUUGUCACUCAUCUUUAAUUGAUUGAUUAAUUAACUGAUACAACUGAUUUGGCAUUGAUUAAUUGAUUCAGGUCUAGCUAAAUUUGGAAAUUAAAACUCAACAACUCAUCCUUCUUGUAUAUUACAAGAAGUUGCUAGGCUGUUUCAUAUUGAAGCAGCUCAAUAAAGUGUUAACCUUGCUGACAGUUGAAGUGUUGUAUGGUCUCGAAAUUAAAUAAAAAAUGUAUUACAACUGUAGCCUAAAUGUGAAUCUUUUUAUACCUGUCUCAUAUUCAAGCAGGCAAAAUAAAGUGUGAAGUUGGUUAACA